UACAUUGGCUUAUCACUUGCGAGUUGCUACUGUCUAGAAGAUUGAGCACUUAACAAUAACAGCACCGGUGACAGAACAGAACCGCAUAUCAGCUCAAGCCACAAAUUGCAGGUUUGCCUCAAGUUUUCUGGCAACAAAACGACCUCUUCUUCCAAAGAUUGAGCAACUCAAGCUAUUUUACUUGGUCACAGUGAAAUGCUUAAGUCCCAACCAAUAACAUCAGAAGGCUUCUAAUCAUUAAUGGCUAAAUCCCUUUCUCUGCUCUUUCUCCUUCCAAAACCCACGUUUUGUCCUAUCCUUUUAUCCUCAAAACCCAAAUCUUUAAACAGAGCAUGUAUCUUAUCAUCACUUUCCCGAACACUCUUCUCCACCGUUUCUACACCAUACCCAUUUCAAUACGACAUGAUUAUCAGCCGCCCAUCUCAAUCCCAACCUCCUCAGUCCCGGUCUCAACCCGCCCGGGUCACUAAAGACGACUCAGAUUGCUCUCCUGAGCCUGAAUCUGAACUGGGUCUUGAUUCAUGGGUUGAUCAAAAGCUUUCUAUGGAUAAGUCUAAGAGAAAGUAUUAUAAUAAAAGGAGAAAAAGAAUGUACGGGUCUGAUUCUGAUGAUGAUACUAGGAAUAAAGACGAGGGCUUUGUUGAAUUGAAGCCUGAAGUUGCACACUUUGGUAGCUUACAUAAGAGAGAAGAGGAGCUGUAUAUGUACGACACAUUUGCUUAUCCGUGGGAAAAAGAUAAGCAUUAUAAGAUGGUUUAUCAGUUGGAGAAAAAGUAUUUUCCUGAUCAAUGUUUUGAUAAGGCAUUUCUUGAUCAUAAAGAUUCUAAUUUUAGUAAAAAUGAAAGUGUAAAAAGGAGUAGUAAGAGAGUAGUGAAAAGAGAUACUAAUGGGGUUGGUGACAGAGAGGAAGAUAAAGGGUUGGUGUUUUUUGAGGAGGAGAAGGCUGAGAUAGAAUCGAAUUCAGAGAAGAACGUCGCUAAAGAUGUUACAGAGAGGAAAGUGGAGGAGUUUUUUAAGUGUUUGAAGAAAGUUCCCAACAAGAAAAAUGAAAUCGAUACUGGAGAACCUUAUCUUGUUACUAGGAGUACUGAGCUUCCACCCAGGUGGGAUGAUACACAUGGAACUGUGGUUUUGGUUAAUAAGCCUAAAGGAUGGACUUCAUUUACAGUUUGUGGAAAGCUGCGCCGCCUGGUCAAAGUGAAAAAGGUGGGGCAUGCUGGAACACUUGAUCCUAUGGCAACUGGUUUAUUAAUUGUAUGUGUUGGUAAAGCAACUAAGGUGGUAGACAGAUACCAAGGAAUGAUUAAGGGUUACAGCGGAGUUUUCCGUUUAGGGGAGGCAACUUCAACUUGGGAUGCUGAUUCGCCGGUUAUCCAGCGUGAGCCUUGGGAGCACAUCAAAGAUGAGGACAUAAGGAAAGCUGCUGCAUCUUUUUGUGGGGAAAUUUGGCAAGUUCCUCCAAUGUUCUCUGCCAUCAAAGUUGGAGGUGAAAAGAUGUAUGAGAAAGCUAGAAGAGGAGAAAGUAUUGAACUUUCACCCAGAAGAAUUUCUAUUUUUCAGUUUAACAUAGAGCGAAGCUUAGAAGACAGGCAAAAUUUGAUUUUCCGAGUGGUAUGCUCUAAAGGAACAUACGUUCGAUCGUUAUGUGCUGAUUUUGGAAAGGCUCUUGGCAGUUGUGCUCACUUAACUGCUCUUCGAAGAGAUUCAAUUGGAGAAUACUCGGCAGAUGAUGCAUGGGAGUUCAAAGAGCUGGAAGAGGCAAUAACUAAAAAUUAUUUCUAGUUGGUGAAAGCGAUUCGUUGUCCCCUCCUAAAAGUUAUGGGAGCAACGGCAUGAUCAGGGGACAUCUGGGAGGGUAUACCUCUUUCCAAAGAGUUCCUCCUCCAAGUCCUUACAGUUGAAAGAAAAUUUGAUACACCGUUUCAUUUCCCUCAUUACUUAUAAUGGCAAGAAGAUAUGAUACAGUGACAAAAAGAAAGUAGCUCUGUCUGGCUGCAGAUGGAUGUUAGUGAAAAGUUUUUAUUCCAUUCUCAGGGCAUAAUUUAGGUCAAGUAAAUAAAUCCGAAAUCAUGGUUUUCCAACUUCUGAAGCCUUUGGUGAGUCCUUGGAAUCUAUAUAAAUAUCUUUUUGAUAGAGCCUA